AUGAAUUACUUUAAUGGAAACAUGCACAAGAACAAGAUUGUCUUCAUCAUUGGGGCGACUGCGACGGGAAAGUCUCGACUUUCUGUCGACAUUGCUACCCGUAUCCCAUCGGAGAUUAUAAAUUCCGACAAAAUUCAGGUGCACAAAGGACUUGACAUCAUAACAAACAAAAUUUCAGAGACGGGGAAGAAAGGUGUGCCACACCAUUUGCUCGGGACAAUCGAGCCUGACUCUGAUUUCACGGCUGCUGACUUCUGCAAUCAGGUAGUUGCAGCUGUGGAAGAGAUUUUGAGGUCGGGAAAGGUUCCGAUAAUUGUUGGUGGAUCAAACUCCUACAUUGAAGCGCUCGUGGAGGAGCACUUCGUAAAGUUCAAGUCUCUUUACGAUUGUUGCUUCAUAUGGCUUGACGUUUUAUUACCUGUAUUGUUCUCUUUUGUAUACAGAAGGGUCGAUCAAAUGGUGGAUGCAGGAUUGGUUGACGAGGUACGAGGAAUGUACGUGCCCAACGCUGACUAUUCGAAAGGAAUCCGUCGUGCAAUAGGCGUCCCAGAAUUCGACAAGUAUUUUGAAAAUGAGAAAGAAAUGGAUGAGACGAGCAAGAAGCUUGUUCUUGAAAACGUUAUUGAAAAAAUCAAGAAGAACACGUGCAAACUAGUUUUUCGUCAACUUGAUAAGAUAGAACGGCUAAAAAACGAGCUUAAUUGGAAUAUUCACCGCAUCGAUGCUACUCCGGUGUUCAAGAUAUAUGUGAAGGAGGAAGCCAGCAACGCUCGCAAUCAAGGGGUCAACGAUGCAUGGAUGGAGUCGGUAGUCAAAAUUUGCUUUGGUAUUUUAACUGAUUUUUUUGGAGAAGAUCUGAAAGUUGAUGAAGUUGCAGAAUCUAUUACGGCUCCAAUUCCUCCUGAAGAGUUGAAGGCUAAAAACUAG